CCUCUUUCUCCUCCUCUUUCGCAGAAGCCGAAAAAACUCUCUGCUUUAUUAUCGUUAUUUUUUUUUUUUGCAUUUUCUUCCACUGAAAACCUCUCUUCGCUGGGAUUGUAAACGGGGACGAAUUUUUAACGCAAACCCUAUUUUUGAACAUGGAAGCAAUGUUGAUUAGUAGCUCGUAAUUGAGAACCGAAGCUGAAAUGCUGGAGCGUUCGGAUCUUGGAAACGGGUCGCUGGCUUCUUCUUCUUCUUCCAGUUUUGAUCUGUCUAAGAAAAAGAUCGAGUUUCAUCCAGCGAGGAAGUCCUUUAAUGCGUUAAAAAGUUUGGACGGUGGGGAUUUUAGAACCGAGACGCUAAACCCUGGGCCGGAUUCGAAGCGGGUAAACGGAAUUGGAUCUGAUCAAUUGGGCGUUAUAGGAAGGAAGGUUGAUGGGACAGAUAUGUGGGAGAAUGGUUUGGAUCCAGUUCUUGGUUUGAAGAUAACUUUUCGUAAAAUUGGUGCUGGUUUGGAGAAUCUUGGAAACACAUGUUUUCUUAAUUCGGUAUUGCAGUGCUUGACAUACACAGAGCCUUUAGUAGCUUAUCUGCAAAGUGGCAGGCAUAAAAAAUCUUGCCGUAUUGCUGGAUUUUGUGCCUUAUGUGCUAUCCAGAAACAUGUUAGCCGCGCUCUACAAUCAACUGGGAGGAUAUUGGCACCAAAUGAUCUGGUCUCGAACCUGCGCUGCAUAUCUCGGAACUUCCGAAAUUCUCAACAGGAGGAUGCACAUGAAUACAUGGUAAACCUACUAGAAUCCAUGCACAAGUGCUGCUUACCUUCAGGAGUAUCAAGUGAAUCCCCUAGUGCUUAUGAGAAGAGUUUGGUGCACAAGAUCUUUGGUGGUCGCCUUCGUAGUCAGGUUAAAUGCUUGCAGUGUUCUUACGGCUCCAACACAUAUGAUCCCUUCCUAGAUUUAAGUCUUGAAAUAGUUAAGACAGACUCCUUGCUUAAAGCACUUAAAAAAUUUACUGCUGCUGAGCUUUUAGAUGGAGGAGAGCGACAGUAUCAGUGCCAACGCUGCAAGCAAAAAGUUAAGGCAACCAAACAGCUCACAGUUUACAAUGCACCUCAUGUACUUACCAUCCAUCUAAAGAGAUUUCAUGCAUAUGAUUUUGGGCAAAAGAUUGACUGCAAAGUUGAAUUUGGUCUGACCUUAGACGUGAAGCCUUUCGUCAGUGGUUCCAAUGAAGGAGAUUUGAAAUACACUCUUUAUGGUGUUCUGGUUCAUUGUGGAUGGAGCACUCGUUCUGGCCAUUACUACUGCUUUGUUCGCACAUCAAGUGGCAUGUGGUACUCCCUUGAUGACAACAGGGUUGUCCAGGUUAGUGAGCUGACUGUUAUGGAGCAGGAAGCUUACAUGUUGUUCUAUGUUCGCGACAGAAAUACUGCUCCAAGAAAAGCUAUUGAUAUUCUUCAGAGGGAUGCCUUAAAAUCUAAUGUUAAAGGAAAGUCUGUUUUUAAUCAAAAUCUGAAGGAACAUGUGCAAACUGGUCAUGUUGGUAAUAAGUUAUGUUCUUCAGGCGCGUCUACUGGUAUGACUCAAAAGGUUACUGAUAAUGGUGGCUUGUCAAAGGAAACAAUCAUGAAGAAAGAGCCAUCUCAGCUAAGCUAUGCACAGCCAAUGGCAGAAGGCUCAGUCCUUAAGGAGUCUACUUUAGCCCCUUUCAAUGUGCCAUUACGGAAGGACUCAUCACAAGCAUGUGCUUCAAACCUAGUUCAAGGUGAAAACUUGCAACCAUCAUCUUGCUCUGUUGUUGGUAAUGUUGGUGGUCUUAGUACUGGAAUUUCAUCCGUUACUACUGUUGCCAAAGAUAGUGGCUGCAAUGAGAGGGGAGACUCUAAAUCGGGUCUUGGAAUCCCACUGACCUUAUCACUCAAUUGUGGUGGUCUCCAUAACUCAGGCACUGAAAAGGUUGCGAGUAAAGAGACCUUGCAGAAGAUUAAUUAUGCUUCAAAGAUUGAGUUUUCAAGUAUCGCUGCACUAGAAGAUAUGGAAGAAAAAGCCAUGAAGAAAGUUCCUGGUGAAGCUCCAUCUACGAGUACUACUAAUGAAACAUUGAAGGAUGCUCAGGCUACGUCUCCAGAUAAGCCAAACCAUGACAGUACUCAGGUGAUUGUACAUGUUUCCUGUCACAGCACCAUUGAUAAGACACUAAAUGAGAGGAGAGAUGAUAGUAGCCAAAAGAAUCUUUCUGAAUCCCCUUGUAGCAUCAUUCCAAAUGGAUCUUUGGAAAUUAAAGCUCCUGAAUAUGCACUUUGUAAGAAGCCAAAGAAAAAACAUCUCAAGUGUCGGCUUGAAAACAUGCAUAUUGGCAUAAGAUUAAAAUUUUUCAGGGCAUCUCUGCGCAUGCACAUCAAGAAGAAACUUAAAAGGAGCAAGAAAUGCACCAUAAAUGCACAUGUUUAUAAAGAAAUUUUAUUGAAUAAAGAUUGUUUACCCUUAGAUAUGGGGCCAUCCACAUCCGAGAAAUCCAGCACAAUCAAUUUUGGUAUGAAUCAUUGUAGGAGGAAAAAGGCAGCCAAUGUUGCUGCUCUAAAAAGUGUUAACAACUCCAGUUCCUUGACGAAAAAUAUAGAUGGAGAUGUUAAAGAGAGGAUUUAUCAGAAUGGUACUGUUCUUACAAGUGAUAAACAAGCAGAAAGGAGUUCUGGCUCAGUCUUAGAAGCAAACUGGUUUAAUUCUAGAGAAGUGGAUUCUUUGAAAGAGGGCAAAAUAGGUUCAUCUCCAAAUAGCCAUGUGCUUACCCAAGGUCUGGUGGAGACUGCUGUUGCAAGAUGGGAUGAUAUGGGCAUAGCAUCACCCCUCCAUACCGAAGAGGCAAACGUUAUGGAAAGUAAAGGAAUUGGUUACGUUCCAAAUGAAUGGGAUGAAGAAUAUGACUGGGGUAAGAGGAAGGAGAAUAGGCAAAAUAAGCACAAGUUUGGUGGUCCAGAUCUUUUCCAACAAUUUGCAACCAAGAAAACACAUUUAAAGAAGGCUAAGUUGAACCAUUCUAAUUCAGAAAAUCGACCAUUCAGGAUAUGAAGUAAAUCCAUUAUCGAUCUGUGGCAAUUUUGACCUGUCUACUGUCAUUGUUUACUAAUAAUUCUUGCUGUCUUUGUUGAAUUGAGCUAAAUUGUAAUUUGUAACCAGGAGAGUGUUUAAAGCGGAGAGAAACGAAAAUGAACAUUAGAAAUAGUUUCUAUUUUUUUGUCAUUUAUCGUCUAUUUUUUCUUCUUUUCUGGACUUUCUUCAUUAGGAAAAAGAGACAUGACAUUGUAUGAACUUAGUUUUGGAAUUACG